CUCUACUACAGGAGUCUGAUGCCGCGCACCCUGGAGGGCCAGAUCACCAUGGAGAAGACCCCGUCGUACUUCGUGACGCGCGAGGCCCCCCGGCGCGUCCACGCCAUGAACCGCCACACGCGCCUCAUCGUGGUGGUGCGCGACCCCGUGACGCGCGCCGUGUCCGACUACGCCCAGACGGCCAGCAAGACGCCGGGGCUGCCGUCCUUCCAGGGCCUGGCUUUUAAGAACACGAGCACCACCUCUGUGGGUUCAAUGCCCUCUAACAUGGGUGCAAUGCCCUCGUCAUCAUCAUCAUCAUCAUCAUCAUCAUCAGGAGCAGCAGCAGCAUCUUUAUCAUCAUCAUCAUUAUCAUCGUCGUCAGCGUUGAGGAAUUCCACCCUCACCUCCUCAAACACAAGACAAUCAUCAUCAUCAUCAUCAUCUUCUUCCUCUUCUUCAUCAUCAUUGUCAUCGUCCUCUUCAUCAUCGUGGGGGCUCGUCGACACCUCCUGGAGCGCGGUGCGCAUCGGCGUCUACGCUAAGCACCUGGAGGCGUGGCUCCGCUACUUCCCGCUGAGCAGCUUCCUGUUCGUGAGCGGCGAGCGAUUGGUCAGCGACCCGGCGGGCGAGAUGGCGCGCGUCCAGGACUUCCUGGGUCUGAAGAGGGUGGUGGGCUCCAAACACUUCUACUUCAACCAGACCAAAGGGUUCCCCUGCCUGAAGAAGCCGGAGGGGAGUAGCAGGCCGCGGUGUUUGGGGAAGUCUAAAGGGCGCGCUCACCCCAGAAUACCACAGGGGGCGCUAAAGAGACUCAGGGAGUUUUACCGGCCCUUCAACCUCAAGUUCUACCAGAUGACCGGGCAUGACUUUGGAUGGGACUGACUGAGAUAAAAAAAAAAUCUGAGUGAAAAAUAACUCCAUUGCCGUGGAUAAAAGCACAAGGCAUCAGGCACCAUAGUCCCUUUGGCUGGGUGGGGAUUAUGGUGGAUGAAGUUGGGGUGUCUUUCAUCAUGAUAUGACAUUUGACCCCCAAACUCUCUGAAACAACUUUUUUUUGUCUGUAAGGGCCACAAAGCACAUUCAACAUCAGGUUUUGCCACAAGGCUGGGAAAAUAUAAGUGCAUAUAAGAUGAAAAUAUCAUGCGUAAGGGUGGGGAGCAUUGGUGUAGAAGGGUGCCUUGACAUUUAACCCCUAUACUCUGAAAGUGGCACAAUUUGUGUUGUGUUGUUUUUACAGACUUUGUCUGGGAGUUGGGUUGAUGGGUGUGGUUGGGUGAAUUCCAAGGCCAUGUAACACUAUUCCCAUACAUUCUCUCCAUUCACAACAUUUUUUGAGACAAAACAGAAACCAAACUGCUGUUUAAAAUAAAAAUAAAAAUAAAAAGAGAAAGAUUUUUAUUAACAGACAAAUGUCACCAGGGACUGGAUUUUUGGCUGAUGUAGGGAGUAAUGAGAAGGCAGCCUUCAAGAAGGGGGGAGGAUUGGGGUAUUCAGUCUUAACAGGAGUCAUAACCCCGUUACUCCAACCCCCAAAACAAGUCUUGAGAACAGGAGAACGCCUUGUCAGUGGCAGGGCUGCUGACAGCUUUGGCUGCAGUCCCCGGACAAAGUCAUCUGAGAGGCCCCCCACAGCAAACACAGGACAAUGUUAUGAGGACCUAAAUCUGGGCCCUUGUCUUCACCCCAGAUUCUACUCCUACCCCAUAAACAAGUUCUGAGAACAGGAGAAAGCAUUGUCUGAGCUGUUGACAGCUUUGGCUGAGACCCCGGACAAAGUAAUCUCAAAGGUCUCCCCCAUGCAAUGUAGUGUGGACCCAAAUUCUGGGCCCUCUCCCUGAAUUGUAUCCCCCCUGUCCUGUCAGCUUCCCUGGUCAGUGGUAUAAAAAUCUUGUAAGUGGUCAAAAAGAACCCUACAAUCAUCGGUCUGGCUGACUGGCCGUGAUCUGGACAUUUGUGGCGAAACUGGAAGGAUAUUGAAAUUGUGCAGUGUGUGUGUGUG